AUGUCUUCAACACGUUCUGUUUUAAGCUCUUUAUUAAGGACCUCAAAUAUUAUUUUAAAAAAUCAAAGGCCUGCUGUAUUUAUGAAUAGAUCGUUUUUCACAUUAACAAAAAAUUCAACUUCUAUCGUAAGGAAUGCUAAUAAUGUUGUCAAGAUCAUUGGAUGCAAUAAUUAUCAACAAUUAUUUAACACUACUCAAAUUCGUAAUGUUAAAACAUUAAAUUUUGGUGGUACUAACGAACAAGUUUAUGAAAGAUCAGAUUGGCCAAAGGAAAAAUUCCAAGAAUUUUUCAAAAAUGAUACAAUUGCAGUGAUUGGUUAUGGUCCACAAGGAAGUGGUCAAAGUUUAAAUGCACGCGACAAUGGCUUGAAUGUGAUUGUUGGUGUGAGAGAAGGCGGAAGUAGUUGGAAAGAAGCAUUGAAAGAUGAAGCAGUCUCAAAAGGAACAAUUAUUCUUGAUUUAUUGUCGGAUGCUUCACAAAAAACACUUUGGCCUCAAAUGGCUUCACACCUGACUAAAGGAAAAACAUUAUAUUUUUCUCAUGGUUUUUCAGUAGUUUAUAAAGAUCAAACAAAUGUAAUACCACCAAAAGAUAUUGAUGUGAUUUUAGUUGCACCCAAAGGUUCAGGUAGAACUGUUAGAUCAUUAUUCCUCGAAGGACGUGGCAUUAAUUCAUCUUUUGCAGUAUUCCAAGACGCAUCUGGAAAAGCUAAAGAUAAAGCUGUUGCGCUUGGUGUUGCUAUAGGCUCAGGUUAUCUUUAUGAAACAACUUUUGAAAGAGAGGUGUUUUCUGAUCUUGUAGGUGAACGAGGUGUUCUUAUGGGUGCAAUUCAAGGUUUAUUUUUAGCCCAAUAUGAGGUUUUAAGAGCAAAUGGUCACACACCUUCUGAAGCAUUCAAUGAAACAGUAGAAGAGGCUACACAAUCUCUAUAUCCUUUGAUUGGCGAAAAUGGAAUGGAUUGGUAG